AAAGAGCCGAAGUGUGAGCGGGCGGGGGGCGAGGAGAGCCGAGCGCAGUCGGAAAGAGCCAAAGGCAGACGAAGACGGGCGGGCGGGGGGCGAGCGCAGCCGGAAAGAGCCGAAGUGUGAGCGGGCGGGGGGCCAGCGCAGCCGAACGCGUCCGGAAAGAGCCGAAGUGGGGCGCGCGGAGCAGAGCGAGCGGGGGGCGCGCGGAGCCGAGCGCAGCCGAAGCCGGCCGGUCGGGGGGCGCGUUACCAUGGGAGCGGCGCGGGCCGGGCCGGGGUAACGGCGGCCCCGCAGGCGCUGCCCCCCGCCGCCAUGCUCAUCAAGGAGUACCACAUCCUGCUGCCCAUGAGCCUGGAGGAGUACCAGGUGGCCCAGCUGUACAUGAUCCAGAAGAAAAGCCGCGAGGAGUCGAGUGGCGAGGGCAGCGGGGUGGAGAUCCUGGCCAACCGACCCUACAGCGAUGGCCCUGGUGGCAGCGGCCAGUACACCCACAAAAUCUACCACGUGGGCUCGCACAUCCCCAGCUGGUUUCGGGCGCUACUCCCCAAAGCCGCGCUGCAGGUGGAGGAGGAAUCCUGGAAUGCCUACCCCUACACCCGCACCAGGUACACCUGUCCCUUUGUGGAGAAGUUCUCCAUUGAGAUCGAGACAUAUUACCGGCCGGAUGCGGGCCAGCAGACCAACGUCUUCAACCUGAGCGUGGCUGAGAAGAGGCAGAGGAUUUUGGAUACCAUCGACAUUGUGCGUGACCCAAUCUCCCCUGGGGAAUACAAACCUGAGGAGGACCCCAAGCUCUACCGCUCGGUCAAGACGGGCCGGGGCCCGCUGGGGGAUGACUGGCUGGAGGUGGCUGCCAGUGGGCCCCUGAUGUGCGCAUACAAGCUCUGCAAGGUGGAGUUUCGCUACUGGGGGAUGCAGUCCAAAAUCGAGCAGUUUAUCCAUGAUGUGGGUUUGCGGAAGGUGAUGCUGCGUGCCCAUCGCCAGGCUUGGUGCUGGCAGGAUGAAUGGACGGACCUGACAAUGGAGGAUAUCCGGCAGCUGGAGGAGGAGACGGCACGGAUGCUAGCGCAGAAGAUGGCCAAGUGUGGUGAAACUGAGGAGCUUCCCACCCCUGGGCCCAGCCCCGAGGGGCAGCCAGAGCCUGGGGAUGCCAGCGGGCAGGAGGGGACUGAGGUCCAAGGAGGGGCUGAUGCCUCCCCUGAUGAUACCUUUGCCAAGCAGUGGUCCACCUCUUCACGAUCCUCUUACUCUUCCCAGCAUGGAGGGGGGGUGUCUCCUCAGAGCCUGUCUGAGUGGCGGAUUCAGAACAUUGCCCGUGACUCUGAGAACAGCUCCGAAGAGGAAUUUUUCGAUGCUCACGAGGACCUGUCCGACAGCGAUGACGUCUUUGCAAAGGAGAUUACGAAGUGGAGCUCCAAUGACUUCUUGGACACUCUGGAGCGGCCGGUGGAGCUGGACGAAGCUCUGGGGGACGCAGCCAGCGCUGCCAAGGUGGAUGCUGAAGGACUAGGAGCGUCUGGCUUCCCCGAGGGCAGCUCGGUGGACAGCACAGCGCAGGCAUGCCGGAUCCACGCCCUCUUCCUCAUCCUCCACAGCGGCAACAUCCUGGACCAGGGAGUGGGUGAGCCAGGCUCCAAGCAGGCGGAUGUGCAGACGCUGGCGGCCACCUUCGAUGCUGUCACCCGUGUCCACUUCCCCGAGGCACUGGGGCACGUGGCGUUGCGCCUGGUGCCCUGCCCACCCAUCUGCGCCGCUGCCUACGCCCUCGUCUCCAAGCUUAGCCCCUACAGCCAUGACAGGGACAGCCUGUCCAGCAGCCAGGACCACAUCCCACUGGCAGCCCUCCCGCUGCUGGCCACCUCCUCAGCAAGCUACCAGCACGCCGUGGGCAUUGUCAUCACCCGCGCCAACCAGGCCUACAGCGCCUUCCUGCGCUCUGGGGAGGGAGCUGGCUUCUGUGGCCAGAGCACAGAGCCCAUUUCCCCCGAGCUGUGCAGCAGCAGGGAUCCGCUGGCUGAUGGAGCAGACGGAGCAGCAGGGGCAGGGCAGGCCAGCCCCGAGCUGGGCACACAGCCACCCUGCCGGGAGCAGGGGGAGAGCCACCAGCACAGCUCCUCAUGCAGCCUGCAGGCCAGCGAGGUCCCGCUGGAGGCAGAGGCACUGCGGAGCGGCACCGCGGCGCUGGAUGGGGUGGAGGGCACCAGCACCCGCCUCGAUUUUAAGGUAUCCGGCUUCUUCCUCUUUGGCUCCCCGCUGGGGCUGGUGCUCGCGCUGCGCAAGACCGUCAUGCCCACUCUGGAUGUGGCCCAGCUGCGUCCUGCCUGUGAGCAGAUCUACAACCUCUUCCAUGCGGCCGAUCCCUGCGCCUCUCGCCUGGAGCCCCUCUUGGCCAAAGCCUUCCAUGCCAUCCCGCCACUCAGCGUGCCCCGCUACCAGAAAUACCCCCUGGGUGAUGGCACUUCCUCCCUGCUGGCGGAGGCCCUGCAGACGCACUCUGCCCUGUUCCUGCCUGAAGCGGACGUGGCCGCUCCCCCUACUCCCACCGGCAGCUUUGGGGGCUUCUGGAGGGGCAGCGAGCUGGGAGAGCCCCCAACUCCUGCCAACACCAGUGAAGUCGUCAAGAUUCUGGAGCGCUGGUGGGGCCUGAAGCGCAUCGACUACUCCCUGUACUGCCCUGAUGCCCUGACCGCCUUCCCCACCAUCACCUUGCCCCAUCUCUUCCACGCCAGCUAUUGGGAGUCUUCUGAUGUGGUGGCUUUCAUCCUGCGCCAGGUGAUGGAGAAGGAGGGGCCACAGCCAGCAGAGAGCGAGGAGAGCUCUAUCUACAGCCCCGCUAUCCCCCGGGAGAAGUGGCAGCGCAAGCGCACCCAAGUGAAGAUCCGGAAUGUGACAGCCAACCACCGGGCCUGUGAUGUGAUCAUCUGCGAGGGCAAAGCGCAGGUCCUCAGCGGGCGCUUCAUGUAUGGACCCCUGGAUGUGGUGACGCUGACUGGGGAGAAGGUGGACAUCUACAUCAUGACGCAGCCACUGUCAGGGAAGUGGUUGCACUAUGGCACCGAGGUGACAAGCGGCAGCGGGCGCCUGACCUUCACCAUCCCUCCAGACAAGGCUCUGGCCAUCGGCAUCUACCCUGUGCGCAUGGUGGUCAGGGGGGAUCACAGCUAUGCUGAGGCCUACCUGACAGUGGUGGCCCGGGGCACCGAAUCGGUCGUGUUCAGCAUUGAUGGCUCCUUCACUGCCAGCGUCUCCAUCAUGGGCAGUGACCCCAAAGUGCGGGCCGGGGCUGUCGAUGUUGUACGGCACUGGCAGGACUCGGGCUACAUGAUCAUCUACGUGACGGGGCGCCCCGACAUGCAGAAGCAUCGUGUGGUGGCCUGGCUCUCCCAGCACAACUUCCCCCAUGGCGCCGUCUCCUUCUGCGAUGGGCUUACCCACGACCCCCUGCGCCAGAAAGCCGCCUUCCUCCAGAGCCUGCUCACCGAGGCAGAGAUCACCAUUGUUGCUGGCUAUGGUUCCACCAAGGACAUCUCCGUCUACAGCUCACUGGGGCUGGCACCGGCCAACAUCUACAUCGUGGGCCGAGCCGUCAAGAAGUUCCAGAACCAGUGCCAGUUCCUGUCCGAGGGCUACGUAGCCCACUUGGCACAGCUGGAAGCUGUGGCCUUGGCCAACUCCCCCAAAGGACCCCCCCGGCCUGUGCUGGGCAAAGGCACCUAUGGCUGUCCGGCACCUGUCGACUUCCUACGGAAGCAGAGCCAGCUCCUGCGGUCGCGGGGCUCCAGCCAGGUGGAGCGGGAUGGGGGUCCCCCGUCGGCAGCCUCCGGCCUGCCCAGGACCAAGCCCCGCAGCGUCAGCCUCAAGCUGGAAGGUGAGGAGUGAGUCCGCCCUCUGUCCGCAGCCUUCAUUUCCCAGCCGGGAGCGCGUGGGGCUGGAGCCUGCCAUGGGCCCAGAGCUGAUAGGAAGGAAGACAAAGGUGCUGGGUUCCCUGAGACUGAGGGUUUGUGGGAGGUGGUGCUCGGAGCCACCCCAAGGGUCAGAGCGAUCCCGUCGGAGCUGAGCCACCCCUCGGCCCCACUGCUUCCCCCCAGCUCUGCCUCCACCCCGCUGCCCCAUCCCCUUGGUCUUUGAGGGGUGCAGAGCUGCUGCCCGGCAGUGCUGGGGCAGAUUCGCCCUCAGGGGAGCCAGUGCGAAGCUUCCCGGGCUCGUCUGUCCCUGGGCAGUGUUGGGGGGCCUGUGGAUAUGCCCCAGGGCAAGCGGCACCUCUCUGCUCCCCACCUAUUUAUUUCCGUUCGGUGUCGCCAG